UCACAUCUAUCACAUGGAGCCUGGGAAUAACACAAACAUUUUAGAAUUUCUUCUUAAGGGACUUUCAGAGGAAGUAGAUUUGCAGCCGAUCAUAUUUGAGCUCUUCCUCUCCAUGUACCUCAUCACUAUAUUUGGAAACCUGCUCAUUAUUCUGGCUACCAUCUCAGACACCCAUCUACACAUACCCAUGUAUUUCUUCCUCUCCAAUUUCUCCUUUGUAGACAUCUGUUUCACCACCACCACCAUCCCAAAGAUGCUGGUGAAUAUACAGACACAGAGCAAAGUCAUAACCUAUGCAGGCUGCAUCACCCAGAUGUACCUUUUCAUCCUCUUUGUGGGGCUGGACAGCUUCCUCCUGGCUGUGAUGGCCUAUGACCGGUUUGUGGCCAUUUGUCACCCCCUGCACUAUAUGGUUAUCAUGAAUCCCUGGCUCUGUGGGCAGCUUAUUCUGGCAUCCUGGAUCAUAAGUUUCCUGCAGUCCUUGUUACAAAGCUUAAUGGUGUUCCGCCUGUCCUUCUGUACACACGUGGAAAUCCCCCAAUUUUUCUGUGAACUUAAUCAGGUGGUCCACCUUGCCUGUUCUGAUACUUUUCUUAAUGAUAUG